AUGCCUUGAAAACAAAUCAUGACGGACUGCGAUCGCCAUAUACCUGCCCAGGACAUCAUCAAAUACCCGACAUUCGCACAAUGAGCCUUGAUCCCAGCUCGUUUCCGAGGUCGCACUCCCCCGCAAGCUCCGAAAGCUCUCUUACGCGCUCCCGACUACGGGGGAAGGACGAGCCCCUUAGAAAAGACAAGAACUACCGCCGUUAUGCGUCCACCGUCGAGCGAGCCCUAUCGCUAUUCGAUACCGCUUUGCAGGAAUGGGCGGAUUACAUCUCCUUCUUGAGCCGCCUGCUGAAAGCACUGCAAUCCCACCCUGCGGACAUCCACAUCGUUCCCCAUAAAGCGCUCGUUUCCAAACGGCUUGCACAAUGUCUCAACCCUUCCUUACCGUCGGGUGUUCACCAGAAAGCGCUGGAAGUGUACUCGUAUAUAUUCGCUCUGAUCAAGCCGGAGGGUCUAUCUCAUGACUUACCAUUGUAUAUGCCUGGCAUUGCGCCCACAUUAACGUUCGCAUCCCUCACGGUCCGACCCCUGUUCCUGACACUGGUGGAGACCCACAUAUGCAACCUAGAGCCCUGGGCGAUUCGUCCGGCCUUGAAGGCCAUCAUACUGGCUCUGCUACCAGGGCUAGAAGAAGAGACCAGCGAUGACUUCGAACCUACAAUGCGACUGGUCAACAAAUUCCGCGAUAUCGCUGGCGCUAUGGAGACGCACAAAUCUGGGGAUUCUGCUAGCUCCGGAGGACAUUAUUUCUGGCAAUGCAUCUUUCUAGCCUCGAUCACAAGUCCCAGCCGACGGGCUGGUGUUCUCGCCUACUUGAGUCGCUAUCUUCCUAAAUUGGGCAAUACGGACCGCCGGCCUUCUAAAGGCGAGUCGAUUGAGCCUGUGGGUGUCAGUAAAGCUGUGCUAGUUGCAGCAGAAUCAGUUAUCGUGCCUGAACCCGGGUUGCUCAUACGCUGUUUUGCGACCGGUCUCGCCGACGAGCAGGUACUCGUUCAGCGGAAUUUCCUGGAUUUGUUAGUCACUCAUCUGCCACUCAGCUCGCCAAUCUUGCAGUCAAGGACUACGGGGGAUGAUCUCGAGCGACUAAUAGCAGCGGCUGUGGGGGUCGUCGCCAGGCGUGACAUGAGUCUGAACCGAAGACUGUGGGCUUGGCUCCUCGGACCUGAAUCUUCCAACGAGCGACCGUCAUUCGAAGCCCGCAAUUCUAUAUCAGAAGGCACGAUUCAAUCCGUUGAAGACAACAAGGAGCUCUCGCCAUCGGAGUACUUUAGCAAGUUUGGGUUGACCCCACUAGUCAAAGGUCUCUUGCGAAUGAUUGAGCAUGAUACAACCAUCCCAUCAGAAAAGACGAAGCCAUUCCGGAUCUCGCUUUCGUUGCUGGAUAGAUGGGAAGUCGGCGGAUACAUUAUACCGGAGAUCUUCCUACCAAUCAUCCGAAGCGUGCAAGCAUUUGGACAGAAAGCUUCUAAGAGUCAAUUCGAGGAGGUUUUUCGCAGUGCCAGCUCAUUUUUCGACGGCGUCGAAAGUGGUGUUAUCUUCUCAGAACUCCUCCGUCUAAUCGACUGGCAAACACAGGACCUUAACUCUGAUCUCGAAAAAAUAACAAGCAACCUGGAGCUUGCUCACUUCAUACUAGAAAACUUCAACGUUCGUGAAGAAGACAUGAUCGCGGUUCAUAUUCCCCUGCUGACACUGUCCACCAUCGUCAAAAUGAGGGAGUUGUCUUCAUUGAGCCACUCCGCAGCAACCGCGGAGCAGUUGCAGUUCGUCUCGAUCGGGCUAUCAAAAGUCAUGGAUUCUCUGACGGGUUUCCUCAUAGAGAGGUCAUUCAUAAAGAAGUCCGAUUCUCCCAAAGCAGGAGAAAGAACCAGUUCUGAUAUGGCUGGAUCGGACAUCCUGAACAUAAUCCAUACUUUCUACGAGCGAAGCAAGAAUAGCUUAGACCCACAACCCGUUCCCUUUGCCCCAAAACAGCUGGGCGAGCUCAUCAUUCGGAAUGCCUACGAACAGGCCAUAAACGCCCUUGGUGAGCGAAAGGACGCCACGCGAUUGCACGAUCGGAUCAAUCUCCUCAUCAUUUUAUUGAAGAAACUUCCUCGAACACGUAUAUUGCGCGAUAGGCGCUUAUAUCUCGCGCUAUCCGAUCGGGUCCGCGUCGACCAAGUCGAAAAAUCCACCGCGUGCUUUUCGACUAUCUCAUCGAUUGCAUCAGCAGUAACGAAUCUAUACAUCAUUCAUACUGCCGGAUACUAUAUUAGCUAUGAAGAUGUGUCGGACCUCAUCCCCGCACUUGUGGGUCAGCUAUGGCAGUUUCUCUCCCCAAUGAGCCCGAAAUUUCAUGUCGAGGCGGUCCGUUGUCUGUGGCAGUUGCACGCUGUCUCUUGGUCGGACCACCUAGUCGAAGCAGCCAUAACGUCUUUUAUGGUUGGAUCGUCGUCUGCAGUUUCUUUUGAAGGGUUGACAGGAGAGCAAAUUGGAAGAUAUUUCGUCCUGUGGAACCACAGUCAUCAAGGCAACUACGAACUUCCUCCAAAGCGCUUGUAUAACUCCCCUGAGUCAGGAAAAGUGUAUCAAGCUUCGAUGCUUGAGCGUCCGCUUUUCAUUGUUCUAGACUUGCUCUCUCAGCACUCGAAUGAGAAUUCUCAGGUUGUCCAACGAUGGCUCCAAGACCUGUCAUCCAUGCAUAAGGUCUUCCGUAUAUUAGUGUCACGUCUUAACCGCCUCUUUCACGGGUCCAGUUAUGGUGAAACGGAGAAAGAUGAUCAGGCUGUGUCACCGGAUGACUACAAGGAGUGUGAUUAUCUGCUUCGCACCAUAUCCAACGUCGUCUCUACGCUUUCCCAUAAUGGCUGGGUCACUCUUCUUACCCAAACGCUCUCUCAAUCGGACAAGCGUAAAGAUGCACAUGCAUCUGAAGAUAACGCUGGACUUCAAAGCCUCCAUUCCAUCAUCUUUCAAGCCAGUCUAAAGGUGAUCGGCGAGCAGACCACGGCAGCUGCUCAUGACUUGGAGACAAUCAGACUACAACAAACGUCACUACUAGUCAUGCGUCAGGUCCUUCUGGGUCCGGGGGCUGAAGAGGUGAUCGAUUCUGGAAUUGAUUCGUUCUUGGUUGAUAGGCUCUCUCGCGCCCUCGAUCAUGGCGCAAACGAGUCUAUCCAAGGAGACCUCAUAGACACUCUUCUGGCAGCGUUGAAAGUGCGGUUUGCCCAAGCGUACCUGCCACCCCCUCCCCCAAGGCCAAAGCACAACCGAACAAGCUCCCGUGAGCGCUUGACAAGCCCUUCGAUUCUCUCUUUCACAAGCGAUAAACCAGAAAAGGCGCCUGCAUUCCCUGCCCUCCCUCAACCUCCCCGACAACUUCUCGAAUGCCUUCUGAAAGGAAUUGGGUCUAAAAGCUCGAGGGGAAUCGUGGACAAGUGGACCGUGCUUCUUUGCGAAGUCCUACCAUUGUACGCUGGGUCAAUCUUCCAGAUACUAUUGAUGCUUGUCGAAUCGCUCUGUAAAGAAAUCCAACUUUGUUAUGCGAGCCUUCAACUUGCCUUCAAGCGUACGGAAGGAUGGCCUGAUGACCGAUCCGAGUAUGCCACCAUUGCUCUCCUCAGCGCGCUUGAGACCUGCAUCGCCACUGCUCACGAGCGACUAUUAGUGGAGGAAGCCAAUGUUCCUGCUGUUAAGAGUCCUGACCAGACCCAUGGAUUCUUCGGUAACAUGGUGUCAGGGGUCUUCUCGUCCGAAUCAAAUCAUACUCGCCCGGCGGCAGCGAACAAUCGUCUUACUGUUCUGCUCUGCUUCCAAGAUACCGUGAGACUAUGCUUUACCAUAUGGUCUUGGGGUGCGGUAGAGCGGUGUACACUGCCUCAGGACGCAGAGUCAAUAGCCUCGUUUCAGUACACAUCUCUCCGCAUGAGAAACAGAUCGCGCCGCAUUCUUGAGCAUUUGUUCAAUGCAGAGGCACUCGAAUGCCUCGAGACAGCUGUCGAGAUGUGGACGAAGUCUGAUAACGAGACCUCGUCAUUGAUUAUGAGUUUGCUCCACACUCUAGACGGAUCUAGACCAAAGAUCGCUAUCCCAGCUGUGUUCAACUCUAUUUACACAAGAACUAAUCCCGCAGCGUUAGAGCCGAGCCGCAAGUCUACAUUGACGGCGAGCCUUACUGAGUCUGAGUUGGCGGGCUUCUUGGUAGCAUACGCCAGGUCACUCGAUGAUGAUGUGCUUAAUGAGAUCUGGGCAGACUGCACAACAUUCCUUCGCGAUGUAUUAAGCAAUCCAUUUCCACACCGGCAGAUCCUUCCACGCUUGGUCGAGUUUGCAGCAAUCCUUGGCGCAAAACUGGAACAUACCAGCUUCGGUGAAGAUCGACGCAUGAGGAAAGAACUAGGGGACGUACUACUGCGCCUUCUUACAGCGAUUUGGACGAGCAAGCCAAUGGGUCUCGCACAAGAAUCUUCCCUCAGCCGGGGUUCUAUCGACUAUGACAGUUCGCCUUCGCCACAAAUUGGACCUGACGAUAUGCUUAGUAUUCUCGCGGCGUCUAUGUCUGCAUUCACAACCACGCUCGGUGAUUCUGAUCGGAUCACGUCUGCAGUAUCUGGUAUCUCUACGAAUGUGGUUGGGCCUCUCUUUCGCUCGCGACUCUUUCCGAACAAUCUCAACCAGAAUUUUAUGACUUUGUUCCAGCACAUAGCUAGAGUUCCGUCUGCUGCUAAGAUCUGGAAAAAAGACAUAGCCGAUGCAUUCAAUGAUCCAAGAUUUUUUGGCAUGCAGAUGGACUUGGUCCGCGACGGAUGGCUGAGUUUACUGCGACAAUGGGUGCUCGCAGACAAAGAUCGCUUGUCUGAGCUGCUGUCUCGCCUUCCGCCACCUAGUACAGCAGGUAUCAUGUUCGGUGUUGGGGCAUCUGCUGCUCGGCUAGAAGCUGAUCGCAAAGCACAAUUGAACCUGCGUCGUAUCAGUCUCAUAAUUUUGUCUGCCAACGAUGAUUAUUAUAUUGGCGAGCUACCCGCCCUUCUGCAGAAGCUGGAAGACCUCCUUGGGGCGACUAGUACCUCUUCUCCAUCUUCAACGACGAGGGCUGAGAUCUUCAUGGUCCUGCGUGCCCUUGCGCUCAAAAGCUCUGCGACGGCACUCUCCACAUUCUGGCCGCUCAUCAAUGCUGAACUACAGGAGGCCAUAGCCGCCGUGCCGCUAGGGCCGCAACAAGAAGUCUACAAUCCAUACGUCUUGCUGCAAGCAUGCAAACUGUUGGAUACGCUACUUGUGCUGGCACCGGAUGAUUUUCAACUUCUCGAGUGGCUUUAUGUGACCGACACCAUAGACGCCAUCUACCCACCGGAGCGCUUCGAGCCGAUGGCACUCGCGGAUGAGGUCUCCCAGAGCUUGGGUAUGCGAGGGCCUACAUCGGCCGAUGGUGCUGGGGAAACGGCCAACAUCAGUCAUGGGGUGAAACAACCGAGCCUUGCCGCAGACUGGAUCCGCGAAACGGCCAAAGAUGAGAUUGUUGAUCGGGUACUUCGGCCGUUUUUCGACCAGCUCAGCAUUCAUGCAUUUGAAAGCACCUAUAGCAUGGGCCAACCACGGUUGGACGCAUGCUUGAACGACCUGUUGGCGGACAUCUUCAAUGAAAGUACCAUGGCCAACUAAGGCUCCUAGCUUACUCCGCGUGCUGCGCGUGCAUAAUUCACUUUUCUGCUUGUCUGCGAUGAUUUGAACUGAUGUGACUACAAUGGACACGCAUAAGUCAAUCAAUCAUGUAUCAUGGGAUAGAAGCGGCAUUUUCCAGCGUUGAUUUCAGGCGUCAGGGCGUCGGGCCGCAUGGUUUCGUAGGC